AUGGGACGCUACCUGAUCUUCAACAUUCCCUAUGGCCACUGUGGCACUAUCCAGCAGGAGCACCUCGGCUCCCUCAGCUACUCCAACUCCAUCAGAGGCCGGACAAGGGGCCACCCUGGCCAAGUCAUCGUGCGGCACAAGGUGCCCAAGCUGAAGUUCACCUGUAGGGUGGACGGUCCAUCCACAGUUGAAAUCAUUCAUGGGGAUGACGCUCCGACGGAGGGUGCUGGCUACACCGUAUCCAUAUCCUUCCUCCAGUCCCCUGAGUCCCAGCCUGUAGGAGGCAUGGUGCCCUAUUACGACAGCCAGAGGAAAGAGGUCUUCCUCCAAGCCACCCUCCACAGCCCCAAUCCCAACCUGAUGCUCUUUGUGGAUACCUGUGUGGCUUCUCCAGAUCCCCAAGAUUUUAUAACCGUCAAGUAUGAUUUGAUCCGGCAGGGGUGCAUCAAAGACAAUACCUACGUCAACCUCCAUCCCCGCCAGAAGAACAUGGCUCGGUUCAAGUUCAAUGCCUUCAGCUUUCUUGACAGCUAUGAUGUGGUAUAUCUGCAGUGUAAGGUUGCAGUGUGCGAAGUGGGGGACUAUGCCUCUCUCUGCUCCCGGAGCUGUGCAGGACAGAGUAGGAGAGGUGCAGGCCCCAUGGAGACCAAGGAAGAGCAGACUGAGCAUUUCCAAAUGGUGGGGCCACUGGAGAUCCAGAAAGUCACUGCUCAGAGGAAGACUCUUGGGUGAUUUCUGCAAUUUCCAUGUGAAUCUGUAGAAAGCAAGGUCUAUUUCUCUUCAGUAUGUUUGACCAAUCAGAAGCUAUCCGCAUAGAGACAGGUCAAAGAAACAGCCAGAGGGGACUGUUUCUCUGAGGUUUGUUACUGAAUAAAUCUUCUCUGAUUACUAAACUUCUAAGGCAAUUACUCUCUUUGCCACACAAAUGCUACAUUUUCUAAUUCUUGUCUUAAAGUGUACAAAAUGUUACAAAGAGCAGGGUUAUCUCUCUAUACUGCAUUGUUAAUUUAAAGAGUGUCUUUUUAAGUUGACUGUUUAAUUAUCAGAUGCUAUUAAGUGGAUCUCUGUUUUUAUCCUCUGAUGGUACGAGGAUUUAUUUUCAGCUCUUGCCAAGAGUCUUACGAAAAAUAAACUAAGUGUCUGUCACUCA